UUAGCAACAGUAAACGUUGCCCAGGUGUUGUACGCCGUAAAUAAACAACAUGGGUGCCGUACAGUUUAUAACACAACAACACCACAAUCACACAACUUGAUGCUACAGAAGGCAUAUUACGAAACGUUUUUAUCUUUGUGAAAGAACUUUUACAGAAAUAAUGGGAACUGGGAAUAAUCCAAAACUGUUAUGUAUAUGCCAGAUCUGUACAUGCGGCCGACAUCAUUGUAUUCACCACCCAAAGGCUGGUAUUAAAGCAAAGGGUCCUUGUGUACUUACGGAGUACAAAGAUACGUAUCGUAAAUUCUCAAAUUACGAGUUAUCAAGACCAGUUAAGCCAGAUGCAGCAACUAAACUUAGCAAUGACCCAUUUGACUCAAAUACUUUGUAUAAACAAGUGUACGUACCACAUCCACUCGAAGCACGGAGUAAGCGAGAGCAACAAAAGUAUACAAAACCAGAUGGCAACUUUGAUGGUAUAUCUAGUUAUCAACAUGAUUACAUCGAAAAGUUUGCAGAUAAAAUGCCUUCUGCUAAACCAGCAUAUCAUCCAACUAAAUCAGAUAGGCCAUUCAGUGGAAAAACCGUGCAUAGAGAAACGUACAGGCCAUGGGAAUUACCAGUAAAUCGUGGCAUUCGUCAUCCACCAGCACUUAAAUUACCAUCAAGCAAGUUUGACCAUAAAACGACGUUUCAAAAUGAUUAUCAGGGUCAUAAAGGUCGUGGUAGAGAACCCAUCAAGCCACCAGAGCCUGCCUUAUCGGUUGGUAAUGGAGAUUUCGCAAAUGAAACAACAACUAGACAUGACUACACAAAGAAAAAUGCACUGCCAGAGAAAUCCGCGAAGCCACCGCAACAGGUUCUUAGACAUACUGAUCCAUUUGAUCACAGAAGCACCUUUCAGCAUACGUAUCAAUGGCCUAAUGGACGACCUGCAGAUAGUUGCAAGCCCGAAGAGAUGACCAGAUGUUCAAGCCAACCUUUAGAUUCUGAUACAACUCAUAGAAUAACCUACCGACCAUGGGACUUACCUAGACGGCAGGGAUGGAAACCCAGGAGUGGUUGGGUUGCACCUUCGGAUCCAUUUGAUCAUAAAACAACGUUUCAGCAUGAUUAUGCUGGAAAACCCGUUGCACCAGCAAAAAGCGCCCGGCCAGAUUAUCACCGACUUGCCCCUGGUGAAUUUGAUGGCCUGACCACUCAUAAAAAUGCUUUUAAACCUUGGGAGGUGAACCCACGCUCUGCUUGUCGACCUAUUGAAGGUUAUCACGGGCCGUAUGGUAAAUUUGAUGGUCAAACCACAUUUCAAGCGGACUAUAAAGGCUUGAGCGCGUUGAGACCAGAUUUGUGCAUUCCUAAAGGUGGCGGAUUUGCAUUUGAUGGACCUCAAGAUUUCUCCACAAUGUAUCGUGAUAUAUAUCUAGGUCAGAGACCUCCAAGUUGCCCAGCAAAGUAUCUAGAGGCUAGAAAGGACUUACGUUCAAGAAAUGGUUACAUGUUCAAAGCUGAUCGAAAUGGGCAUCAGUUUUUCAAGCCGCCGAAUGUUAGCGAUUCUGUUGAACAACUUCAGUUUACAUCUCAACCGCAGAUGCAUGGUUCUGUAGAAGUACUUGCUGUAUAGAUUAUGUCACUUUUUACAUAUAUAUUUGAGCCACAAAAAAAAUAUGAAUAUGAUUUAAACCAAAUAAAAUAACGAAAUGAAAUGAAAUAAAUUGCAGCAGGCAUCUUAUAUACUUUUUGAGUUUACUGAUUACGGCCAUUUUAUAUAUUUUUUAUUUAACCGGGAUUUGAUUGCUGUUAAGACGACCACCAUCAUGUGCAACAUUUUCUCUGCUGUACCAUUAAUUAGAUUUAAUAAGCUGAUAAAAAUUUUCUGGCCUACACUGUAAAGUAUCUAAGGUGCAAUAAAUUUCCAAUGGUUCUUAAUAUUUACAAAUAUAUUAUUUCUAGUAAAUUCAAUUGGGAAGGACAAAGAACGAAAAAUUUUUGCACUUAUCCCAGUAGAAAUGCUUAAACUCCUAACUUGUGAUAAGCUGUAUUAUAAUCUCAACCCCCAGUAUGAUUCUUAAAAUAUUCUAUUCAGGAUUUAAUUCUGGUGAUUUUUAUGGAGGUGAUGUUUGCAAAAUACGGUGUAAAAAGUAAUGGUUAUUUUGUCCUGUUUAAACAUUAUAAACAUUAUUUUUGUAACAAUUAGACUUAUUUUUGUUUGUUUGUUUGUUUAUUUGUUUUGUUUUUUGAUUAAAGCAUACAAUUUUGUACAAUCGAAACGUAGCCUAUCUGUAAACAGGCCUUGCCCGGUCUCCUUUUUUGCUCAAUUUUCUCGAACUUAACUUUAUGUGAUUUUUUGAAAAUUAAACGGAAGUCAAACAAGCAUUCAACCUGUGGAGUAGAUUAGAAAAUUGUUAACAAUCUCAUUUUUGGAGGAUAGUAGGGAGAUGAAGGCGAAGUGCAACACACCUGUUUUACAUAAAGGCUGUUGAAACGUAUAUGAAACUAUUCUUACUAUUUUUUUUUUAAUUAUUUUUAAUAUAUAUAAUUGAUAUUAAUAUAUGCAACUAGUUCUACGCCAAGGUACUGAUGAAAAACAUUGCUGUAGUGAACGUCUGAAACAGCAAGCUUUCGCUGCGUCUAAAA